UGGGUCCUAACAGGAGGGUGGAGUUAACAGCCUCUCUUUCCUAACCAACUACCGGACACUCCGCCUUUCUGCCCCGGUGAUAGAGCUUCCGUUGCCGGAUUCCUUGGGCAGACACACACCACUGGACCAGCACUCGAUUAACUUUUUGUCUGGAGAAGCGUUAUCAAGAAACAUACGGAAAAAUAAACCGACGUGAACUCGCACCAAGUGAAGAAUGAGACACGUAGGCGCCACGUGAUCUUUACCAGCGUUUGUCUUUCGGGGAACUCAACAGUUGAAUCAGUAAGUGGUUUUUAUACAUCCAGGAUUAGAAAAGACAAAAAGAGAGGAAAAGUGCCUCGUCAGCACAGCAGUAAGCUUUAGUCACCAACAGUUUCAACACUUUUAAAGGAGGAUUAAUGACUUCUCUGUCAAGUAUGUGUUCCGCUUUAGUUUGACUCACAGGCGGUCACUCAUCCACCCAGACAGCUGUCUGCCGUGCCCGGCGGCUGGAACCGCUGAACCGGGCUGCGGCUGGAUCUACCCGGCCUCCUGUCAGGUGAAAGGCGUGGCGUUGGGGGGAGUUGAUUUUGCUAAAGCAACACCUGAGUGUGUGUGUAUGUUUGAGUGUGCACAACCCUGAGUCUGUAUUGAGGGAACUGUUGCAGCGGUUUCUUUCCUUCAGAUGGAAAUAUGUUUAUCGCCACACGGGCCCAUGUCACGCGGACACGUUAUGGAGCUUAAUGUCAGUUUGUAAGUUUGACCCAACGGACCGACGAGAGGAAACUGGGUCAGCUUGGUUCUUUCCAUACUUUACUCUUUAUUGACCAGGGGAAAUACUAUGGCGCUGUCUCAGGUCCAGUGUCUGGACAACCACCACGUCAACUGGCGCGUGAGUGAAAGCAAACCGGAAUUUUUUUAUAGCGAGGACCAGCGGCUGGCGAUCGAGGUUCUCGUUACCAAGGGCCGAGAUGCAUUCGGGGACUUCAUACGCGAGACCGGCCUCCGGGAGUUUCUUUCGGAACCGGAGAUAGAGCGGAUUGAAUACACAGCGGAUGCCUAUAGGCCCGGACAUGAGCACCAUCAGAAGCCAGAUACCCCGGGGCCAGGGAACACCACACCGGGGCCAGGGACCAUGAUACCAGGCCCAGGGAACCUCACCCCGGGCCCAGGGAACCUCACCCCGGGGUCUGGGGAGUACGGGGGGGACGGAGAGGUGUCGCUGCAGUACUGGCCGGAUCGGUCGGAGGCGUCAGUUGCGGAGCUGGACCUCGGGUGGCCCGAGGCAAGUUCAUACCGAGGGGUCACACGUGUGACCGUGUACACCCAACCUCCAACCGAGGGGCACACGCACAUCAAGGAGGUGGUGCGCAAGAGCAUCGCAUCGGCCCAGAAGGUGAUAGCCGUGGUGAUGGAUGUGUUUACAGACGUGGAUAUCUUUCGGGACCUGCUGGAUGCAGCCUACAAACGCAAAGUUCCUGUGUACAUAAUUAUUGACAUGGCUGCAGUCCCCUGCUUCCUCUCCAUGUGUGGCAGAGCUGAUAUGCACCGUGGACAUCUAAAGAAUCUGCGUGUGCGCUGCUGUGGUGGGGUUGAGUUCUUCACAAGAUCUGCACAGAAGGUGCGUGGAGCGCUGAGCCAGAAGUUCCUCCUGGUAGAUGGAGACAGAGCCAUCUCUGGUUCAUACAGCUUCACCUGGUCCUCAUCUCGUUUGGACCGUAACCUCAUCACAGUGAUCACGGGGCAGGCAGUGGAGACCUUCGACAUCCAGUUUUGCGACCUUUACCUCGUGUCCAGAGGUGUGUCCCUCCACAAAGUCCCCAUGGUAGAUGAGCCGAUCCCUGACACGGUCCCUCAGGCCGCUCCAGCUCCGGUGUCUGCUGCUGUAGCAAGGAAGCUCAUCAAUCCCAAAUAUGCUCUUGUCACCACGGGAACUCACGCAAGUGCCAAUUCUUCUGAACAAAAUUCCAGCAACAGGAACUCCCGCCAUCCCACUGGGCUAAAGUUUCCGAAAGCACGUGUUAGGGGGGUCAUCGAAGAGCCACCCUUGCAUCCGGGAUUAGCCCAUCUGGAAAAAGCAUACCUGAUCCCGUACUUGCCCACCUGGCCAGAGCCCGACCCACCAAGCGAUGUGAUUGGCUUUAUCAACAUCAGGGAUGAUAAGCGAGCCAAUCAGGUCCACUUACAGAGGUCGGAGAGGUUUGAGACCAGCCAGGCUAUACGCUUCAGCGCACCACUGACGCUACCGCCGCAGACUGAGAACCCUGCUUCAGUUCGGGAUGCAAAAGCUACAGGAGAUGCGGAGAAUCCAUCUGGGAAUACAAACGUCUCUACUCCUGCGAGUCCAACCAACAAACAGCUAAAAGAGCAAAUAGACAUAGCUCCAAAUAAAGACCAAACUGAUGGUAUAGAUUCUAGAGGGCCCCCUCAGCAGCCCAACAAACCUUUGCCACAAGACACACACAAACUGAAUGAAACAUCGCCAUCCAAUGUUACUGCUGACUCGCAGCCAACAGACAUUGCUAAUCAAACUGCAGAGACUCAACCUGCAGCACCUCCUGUCCCUAAACGCCGCACUUUGCAGUUAGUCAUAAACCCCGCCUCCCCAGAGGAACCCGGUCAACCACAGGUCACUCUGAUGAAAAUUGACCAAUUGGAAAGUCUCGAUGGCUUCAACAAAAAAGAAAACCAGGUGGAGCCAGGCCGUGGCCGCAUGACAUCUAAAGAGGACGACAGGGACUCAGCCAGCACCGGCGAGGGCAGCCAGGACAGUACCAAGGUCAUGUGCGACCGAGGGGUCAUUGAUGCCCCAUCAAGCACCUCUACAGCAUCAGAGGAGGAGUUUUAUGAAUGUCCCACGACAGAGCCGAGUGAUCCGCUUAACACGGGAGUGAAGGCGGGGUCGGGCCGCGGGCAUCGCCAAGGAGACGGGUUCAACAUGAUGGCCCGCCUCUCCCAGAGCAUGCUGGAUCUGCGGGAUCCAAGCAGUGACGAAACCUCUGACCUCAUCCGCCAAUCACAGCAGCUUCGCAGACAAGGGAACCCCUCACCGCACAGGCACAUAGGACAGUUGUUCCAGACCUCCAAAUCUCCGAGCCGUGACUCCCGACAGAGAGUCUCUCGUGUAAUCAUCGCCAAGCCUGGAAGUUUUCACCGCCCGACCCGAUCUGCUGCCCCGGUGAUCGGAGGACACCGUUACUGGCAGGGACAAACGCUGCAGCCUGAAUCGGCCCAGGCGCGCACAGAGAACCGCUCUGGACGGUCGCCAAGACGCCACAGCCCGGGAUACUGGAAGGCUGGUCAGGACGCGCCACGCAUGCCCACCAACCCAUCAGGGUUGCUAGGAGUAUCUUUCUCAAAACUCAGCAAUUUUAAACACUUAAGGGCACGUGGUGAUGCGUCGCAGAAGAAGGCGUCUGAAAACAACAAGGCUGAUAGGUAGAGGUGUGGGCGAGCGAAGGUACACCAUAAUGAUAGAGGAUACAGACAUCCUGCUAACAAAGUGUUGACUUUUCAGUGUGGAUUCUUCUCUAUCUCAUGGCAUGCGUGUCAUACCCUCUUUUCAAACCCUGCGGCUCAACAUAAAAUAACUUUCAUUUUCGACUAUGUUAACAAGAGUUGGCAGUUUGAAUUGAUAAUAUUUCUCAAGAAUAAAUUAAUCACCUUCAAAACCGGCGCUUCAAGGCUAAUAUCGCAGACUGGAUGGUUUUGGGAGUGUUUGGCUGUUAACGAAACCUUGGAGAAACAAACCAUAAACAAGAGUAUUGUAGACGAAAGAAAAUCUGCUGUGACCAAGUCUCCUCUGCAAACUCAGGCACUUCAGUCUUAAAAACUAUUCUUUAAAAAAGAUUUCUUAAUUGCAUUAACUGCUUUUUCUUACUCAGAAUUGUGUACUGUAAAUUGUAUUUUUUCCACAUCAAACCUAGACAAGUGCAUUGCAAGGUCAGUUUGUUAUGGCUCCUUGCUGGUAUAAGAGUCUCUGGUGUUGAUACGACUGUGAUUAGUUACUGAUGGUGUUAGGGUAGGGCUGCUGUGUUGAUAACUGGUAUAAAUGCAAUUUUAAACACUGAUGUGGGACCAAAAGUCAAAUGUUGUAAAUAAAAAGAAAAACUGUUGCUA